GUGGCUGCAGUUGGAGUCACCACCUGGUCAAGUAUUUGAUAAUCCAGUGUCAUUCUCCAAGGUCCAUCUGUUUUUUGCACGGGCCAAAUAGGUGAUGCAAAAGGAUCAUGCUUAUGCUCUCAGGAUGAAGGGGAUCCUGUUUCUGAGCCCAGAAACAAGCCUCCACGACAUAAAUUUAUGUCAGCACCGUGAAGGAUUUCACAGAAGAACUCCUGGAAGGCAGUGAUGUGUGCCUGAAGAUGAUACGCUCACGUGAGCUACGUAUUUUGUUUCAGUUAGAUUUAUGGUUAGUCAUGUUCACCAAGACACACCAAAAGACAGAUGUUAUAUGAAAACCUAAAGAGUAUCUACAUUUGGGAGACAUAUGAUUGUUUGGAUCAACUUUGUACCGACCUCAUGCAUUAACAUGAUGAAGCAGCAGGAAUAGCCAUGGUUGAUCAUGGAUAAUAGCCAGGAAACUUGUCCAAAAGUGGACGGUAAAUUUAUUUCUGAUAAAAUCACUUUUAACAUAGAAGUGGAAGACGAUGAUCGAACUUCCAGUCACAGCUUGGAGAGGAUGGAUUUGAGAAGUGAGCAAGGGCACCCGCAGCACACAGAUAGCGGGGACGAGCACCUCGAGAGCAGAGAGGCGGACUGUGCCUGCCCACCCGCCGGGAAGUACGUGCCCCCCGACAACGAGGAUGACUAUGGGUCCCUGUUCUCCCAGUACAGUAGCACACUGUAUGACGUCGCAAAGGAAGCUGUGACGCAGAGCCUUCUCUCCAACAGAAACAUAAACUCCAGGAAGAAAUCUCCAGCUUGGAAACAUUUUUUUAUCUCUCCUCGAGAUAGUACUAAAGCAAUAUGUAUGUACUGUAUGAAAGAAUUUAGUCGAGGUAAAAAUGAAAAAGACUUAAGUACCACUUGUCUCAUGAGACAUGUGAGAAGAGCUCAUCCUACUGUGCUGAUUCAGGAAAAUGGCAGUGUGUCCAACAUGGCCUCCUUUUCUUCUCCUUUGCUCCUGCUCCCACCCCCGUCUGCAGAUGGAGGAGACCUAAGCACCAUACUCUCACCCAUAAAGCUUGUCAAAAACAUUGCAUCUAAGGUACCAUCCCCUGAUCGAAUAACUGAGGAAUCUGUGUCUGUCAUUUCUUCUGAAGAAAUUUCCUCUGACAGGUCCGUUUCUGAGAAAUACAGCAAAGAAGAAGCCAUGGUGGGGUCGUCUCCACAGUUGCUCAGUGUCCAUUAUGAUGAGGCUGUGGAGAUCAGCACGGAAAAAAGCCUCACGGUUCCAAAGAGCACAUCAGGCUCCACAAGAAGAUCUGCUGUCUGGAAGCACUUCUGUCUGUCUCCUUUAGACAACUCUAAAGCUGUUUGCAUUCACUGCAUGAAUGAGUUCAGCCGAGGGAAGAACGGGAAGGCUCUUGGAACAAGCUGUCUGAUCAGGCACAUGUGGAGGGCCCAUCGCUCCAUUGUCCUGCAGGAGAAUGGGGGCGGCACGGGCAUCCCGCCACCGUAUUCCACGCCUCCCACUCUGCUGCCCUCUCUGCUGCCUUUGGAUGGCGACUUCAAUUCCGGGUCGUCGUCUCCAGGGAAAGUGGUUGGAGAACCCACCUCGGCGUCCUCCUCUCCUGACAGGCUGCCCGAAGACGUCCAUUCUCAUUUUAAUCCUGGAGACACAUUACCGGAGGACGUGUUGGUGCUGUCGUCAUCCGAGGGUGUUGGUGACACCUCCAUGGUGUCUUCUCCUGAGAAGCAGGGUGACGGACCGAGUCCUCGGGUAUUUGAAUCUGGCACUGUGUUUCAGCAGAAUAAAAAGGUCAUGAAGAGACUGAAGUCCGAAGUUUGGCAUCACUUUUCAUUAGCUCCCAUGGACAGUCUGAAGGCAGUGUGUAGAUACUGCAACUGUAUUAUCAGUCGGGGCAAGAAGGGUGAUGUGGGCACGAGCUGUUUGAUGAGGCAUCUCUAUAGACGCCACCCUGAAGUUGUUGGGAACCAACGGGGCUUUCUAGGUGCAAGUCUAGCAAAUUCUCCAUAUGCCACUCUGGCUUCUGCAGAAAGCUCCUCCAAAUUAAGCGACUUGCCCACAAUGGUUUCAAAAGAUAAUCAGGUUAUAUUUCCUGUUAAUAGCAAAAAGACCUCAAAACUGUGGAAUCAUUUUUCUAUUUGUUCAGCAGACUCCACUAAAGUCGUGUGCUUGCACUGUGGACGAACAAUAAGCAGGGGAAAGAAGCCAACGAACUUAGGUACCAGUUGCCUUUUAAGACACUUACAGAGGUUUCAUAGCAACGUGCUAAAAAACGACACCUCGGACACAGCGUUGCCCUCUUCUCCAGAAACGCGUGUGCCACUGAGCGCAGAGUUACUAGGUGCUUCAUCCUGCGAUGACACCAGUGAAAAGUUCUGUGAUUCUCACCCAGUUGCCAAAAAAAUAACAAGUCUCAUAGCUGAAAUGAUUGCACUUGACCUUCAGCCAUAUUCUUUUGUAGACAAUGUUGGCUUUAACAGGCUGCUUGAAUACUUGAAACCUCAGUACUCUUUACCCUCACCGUCUUAUUUUUCCAGGACAGCUAUUCCAGGUAUGUACGAUAAUGUGAAACAGGUCAUUCUGUCCCAUCUUAAGGAAGCUGAGAGUGGCGUGGUCCACUUCACGUCUGGGAUAUGGAUGAGUAACCAGACGCGUGAGUACCUGACCCUGACGGCUCACUGGGUCACCUUUGCAUCAUCAGUCCGCCCCCGCUGUGAAGACCACCAUCGCUCAGCACUCUUGGACGUGUCGCAGAUUGAUUGCGACUACGGUGGCAACAGCAUUCAGAAGCAGCUGGAAUGUUGGUGGGAAGCCUGGGUGACAUCCGUUGGCCUUCAGAUUGGCAUCACGGUGACUGACAACCCCAGCAUCGGGAAGACCUUGAACGAAGGGGAUCACUCGAGCGUGCAGUGCUUCAGCCACACAGUAAACCUCAUUGUGAAUGAGGCCAUCAAAAGUCAGAGGAUGGUUCAGAACUUACUGAGCAUUGCACGCAAGAUAUGUGAGCGGGUACAUCGGUCACCCAAAGCAAAAGAGAAACUAGCAGAGCUGCAGAAAGAAUAUGAAUUGCCCCAACACCAUCUGAUUCAAGAUGUUCCAUCCAAAUGGAACACGUCGUUUCAUAUGCUUGAAAGACUCAUUGAACAGAAAAGGGCCAUUAAUGAGAUGUCCAUCGAGUGUAACUUUAGGGAACUGAUCAGCUGUGACCAGUGGGAAGUCAUGCAGUCCGUGUGCCACGCGCUGAAACCCUUUGAUGUCGCGAGUCGGGAAAUGAGCACACGCGUGUCUGCUCUCAGCCAGGUGAUCCCCAUGAUCCACAUCCUUAAUAGGAAAAUCGAGAUGCUGUUUGAGGAGACGAUGGGCAUUGACACCAUGCUAAAGUCUUUGAAGGAAGCCAUGGUGAGCCGCUUGUCCUCCACCCUCCACGAUCCGAGGUACAUCUUUGCUACACUUUUGGACCCUCGUUACAAAGCCUCCUUAUUUACAGAGGAGGAGGCCGAGCAGUACAAGCAAGAUUUAAUCAGGGAACUAGAAAUACUGAAUUCUACCUCAGAUGAUAAACCUGUUUCCAAUGGGUGUGAUACAGGUUCACCAUCUAAAGACUCUGUUGCAGAGGAAAACCUGUGGUCACUCAUGGCCAAGAUGAAAAGAAAGGAUCUGAGAGAGAAGACAAAGUUACCUGAAGACAUGGUGCUUGCCUACUUGGAGGAAGAGGUGCUUGACCACAGCUGUGAUCCGUUAACCUACUGGAACCUGAAGAAGUCGUCUUGGCCGGCCCUGGCGGCCCUGGCGGUCAGGUUUCUGGGCUGCCCCCCGAGUACCGUCCCUUCAGAAAAGCUGUUCAACACAUCCACUGAAAACAGUAGCUUCAGCCAGUCCCGGCUCAUGAUGGAACACUUUGAAAAACUUAUCUUUUUGAAAGUGAAUCUUCCCUUAGUAUACUUUCAGUAUUGAAACUCCUGAUGGAGCCACCAGGCUAAAAAAUGUUGCUUACUAGGCAUUAGCUGUGUCUGCCACUGGGGCUGCUGACUCGCUCCGAUCGGGGCCAUGUAGGACAUCAGGUGAGGGACUCGCAGGUCCGAGUUGGAGUGUCCCUGUCCAGCUUUCUAUGUCAUGUCUACAUGUGCCUUACUCCUAGUUCUUCAGGCCAGAUGCUGUAGAUGUUUUUUUAAAGAACUUCACUAGAAAUAGCCUGUCUUGUCAAUUAUGAUGAUUAGGUUUUAAUUCAUAACGGUAAAUUUUUUUAAAAGUUGGGGGUUAGUAAUUUGUUUUAAUAGAGGGGCAGAAAAGAUGUAAACAGUGCUAUUCUCUAGACUUUUUAUUCAGUUAUGUGAAAACCGUAAGUCAGGUACUGUAUUUUAGUUCAGCGUCGCUUUAAGCAACAAAACAGCUUUUGUGACUGUCAAGGCUUCCAACAAUUUCAUCUAGCUUCCAGCCCCUGCUGAAAAUUUGCAUUUCCACCCAGAUGUAAGGUAUCAGAAUCUACAUUUUAACAAGAUCCCCUGGUGAUUCUUCUGUAUGAGAAAUUGUGAGAACCACUGCUUUCCUAGUGGUUCUCUGGAUACUCCCUAACCAGCAGCACUGCCAUUGCCUGGCAACUUGUUAGAAAUGCAAAUUUUUCAGCAGAGGCUGGAAGCUGAAUGAACUGGUUGGAAGCCCUGGUGACGACUUCUCAGCCUGCUCCACAAGGACUUUGUUGUUGUUAGGUGCCUUCGAGUUGGUUCUAGUUCACGGCGACCCAGUGUACAACAGAACAAAACACUGCCUGGUCCUGCGCCAUCCUCAC